AUGGGUAUCAUAUCUUAUAUUGGUACGUUUUUCUCGUCGCCACCUCCUAACCAAAAGUUUGCCGAUCGUUAUGUGCUCGUAACUGGUUGCGACUCGGGCAUAGGAAAUUUGAUCGCGAAAGCUCUACACACAAGGGGAUAUCAUGUUCUUGCAGGAUGUUUAACUGAAGCAGCAUUUAAAGAAUUUCUUUCACAUAAUAAUUCACCAAAUUUUCGCCCAUUCUUGCUUGACGUAGCAAAAGACACAUCGGUUCAGCAAUGUGCGCGCAUGGUUACCAAUGAAACAAAAGAGAAAGGACUCUUUGCAUUGAUCAAUAAUGCCGGAUGCAAUGAAGGAUUUGCAUUCGAGUUCACAUCAACAGAUCAAAUUAAAAGAACGAUGGAUGUGAACUUCAUGGGACCAGUCAAAAUGAUAAAAGCUCUUCUACCGAAUCUACGACAGAAUAUCAAAUAUAACCUGAAGAAGCCACCAAAGGAGCAAGACAUCUCCCCACGCAUAGUGAAUAUCACUUCAGUACUUGGAAGAACAACUGUUCCAUUUUACGGGGCAUUCAGCGCAUCAAAACAUGCAUUGGAAGCAAUGUUGGAUACAAUUCGCGUGGAAUUAUUACCCUGGAGAAUUCAUAUUGUGAUGAUUGAACCCGGCCCGAUAAAGUCACGUCUCACUCAUCCUGAACUUGUAGAGAUAUCAAGAAAAUUUUUUGCAUCACCGGAAAUCACAGAACAGACAUUAAGCUUAUACGGCGAAGAAUAUAUUCAGAAAGCAAUAGAGUUUUGGCAGAAACUUCAUGAUGGUCAGGAUAGUCCAAAAGAGGUGGUGCGUAAUGUGGUGGAAGCAGUUGAAGUCGGUUUCCCAAAGGACCGAUAUGUGAUUGGAACAGUGGCAAAGAUGCAAGUUUUGGUGCAUAAUAUUUUACCAAGAUGGGUGCUGGAUUUAGCGUGGGGGAGUGUGAUUAGAUUGGUGGGUGUAUGGCCAAAAGACGCAAGAGAAUUGGAGGAAGGAGUUACAACGUUAAGCAGUAACCCAAAAAUUCCACCAAAGUGA